CUGGAGUAAAUCCUCUCCUCUGAACACACCACACAUCUUUAUGGCCAGAAUGAAUUCUCGCUCCCGCUUUAAUGUCAGCACAAAGGGCGAACGCUUCUGGGGGAAACAGUGGCAGUCCUGCGCCUGCACCUUUUUCUGAAGCCCCCCCAAAAAAACGCAUUUUAGGGGCGACCGCGGACAGUUCACGGUAACAGGCGACGGCAGUUUGAGCUCACCCCGCCGAGGGGAUGGAGGUCCACCGUUAAAGGGCUUUUUAAGGGGGGGAACCGGACUCGGUCAGAAUUUCGCCAAAAUUACGACGGGAAUCAAGUACAGCUCCCUGUCUCCCGGUAACGGGAGAGACCACCGGCCGCUCGUGAUGUCUCGUGCCAAGGAGCGGCUGAAAGGCGGGAAUGAGACCAAGGACAGCGUCACUCUGCUGCCGUGCUUUUAUUUUGUAGAGCUCCCUAUCCUGGCCUCCUCUGUUGUCAGUCUUUAUUUCCUGGAACUGACGGAUAUUUUCCAGCCGGUGCAUUCUGGGUACACUUGUAAUGACCGCAGUCUGUCUCUGCCCUACAUCCUGCCCAGACAGGAAGUCUGCCCGCUGCCUUUACUCUUCAGCUUGGCGUUUGCCGCUCCCACCGCCACCAUUCUGAUAGGAGAGGCCAUUCUGUACUGCUAUCUGUCCAGGAGGUCAUCAGCCACGCAGACUGAGGCCAACAUCAACGCUGCAGGCUGUAAUUUCAACUCCUACAUUCGCAGGGCUGUGCGCUUCAUAGGUGUCCAUAUCUUUGGCCUGUGUGUGACUGCUCUGAUAACGGAUAUUCUCCAGCUGUCCACCGGUCAACACACCCCCUACUGGUUGGACGUGUGCAAACCCAACUUGACCCACAUUAACAUGUCCACCUGUGAUGAGGCUUUUAUUCUGGAGGAUAUCUGCUCUGGACAAGACAUGGGGCUCAUCAACGCUGGGAGGUACAAGGCUUUGUUUUACCAAGCGGGUCAGUGUGGGAGUGAACUACCUCCUGGCAGAGGGAAGUGUUUCAAAGAGCUUGAGUCCGGGGUGGGAGGGGUCAGCCACAAUAUUGCCUGCACGCCUCAGGGUCCUGGAGGAGUUCAAGUCCUGGAGGCAUGGCAGAUUGCAGCCGAUCACCUUCUCAGCAGAUCGAAUGAUUUGCCCUUGUCCUUGGCAGUGGCAGCAACGUACCAGAUGGUGAUGGAAGAGGGUGUGUAUGCAGUGGGGAAUUUCCAGCCCAGUGAAGAUCGGUCCAGAAGUCGACCACCUGCCCCUACCCUGAGGGAGCCCCCCCUCUCCUCCCUGCCCAAUGUCAGCCAGUCAACAAUUAGCAACAGCCACCAAGGUCACCACACCCUAGCUCCAAGCCAACCAGAGCCCAUCAUUACGAGGACCUCUUCCCACACUUUGUCCCCCCACCGGCCAGAACCCAUCCUGACACGAAGCUCCUCCUACCGAGAGCCCUCUAUGUCCAAUCUGAAGAGAGCAAGUGCUGAGGUGGAGGUGAUAACUCCGUCCAGUCCCAUGGGCAACCAUGACAACAUGAUGACCUUCAGCAGCAGCACAUUACCAAGGUCCCACGGAGGCUCCUCAUUUGAGGAGGGACGCAUUCCUCGGCGUCACGCCUCCAUCCACACCUCAAUGGACUCAACACGAUCCAAACAGCUGCUCAGCCAAUGGAAGAAUAAAAAUGAUAACAGGAAGCUGUCCCUGCAGGUGAUGGAUGGAAUAAGACCAACCUCCUCCUCAUCUCCCCAGAGGAACAUGGAGCUACGCUGCUCCUCUGAACCUUCUGCCAUGGGCCUAGAGGCAGAGCUCCGUGGUGGAACACACCUGCCUUCAGUCACUGGUCAGGAAGCAGAGCUGCGUGCUGGGGCCCACAUCCCAGCUCAGUACAUGAAACUAGCAGCAAGCUCUGUUCCUAUGGCCAAUCAUAAUCACCUGGCACAUAAUGGCAGCACCGGGUUGGCUGGUGGGGCCAGAGUGUCUAUCCAAUCACGACCUGGGUCUUCCCAGCUGGUUCACAUUCCUGAAGAGGAAAAUUUCACCAGCAGAGAUCAGGAGAGUGAAUCAGAGGACAGUAUUAUGGAUGGGGGCGGGUCAGUGAGGGAAAAGUGGCUGAGAGUGGCUGAGAAGACCACCAUCCCCUGUAGGCCGCUCAGUGCUGGAGGACAGCCUCGUCUAAUGCAGGUGAUAACCUUAUCCAAACAGCAGGGCCUGCUGCACUCUCCUCGGUCGGAGGAUGGUGGCAGCACUGUCAGCUGCACCGGAUCCAUUCGGUACAGAGCUCUGACGGACCAGGAUCCAUCACCACCGGCCUCCACCACCGGAGCAGUGGGAGGAGGAGGUUUGGAAAGAUCUGGCAGUAUAGUCCGUGUUGAAGCUCACCCAGAGUCCAGAUCACACAAACCUGUGGUGAAACCCCCGAGCACCGAUGGAAGUGGCUCCUGGCGAUGGAAGCCCCCAGACCAACGACCUUCACUUCGGCAGUCAGCUUUCGCCCUCAAUGACCUGAACAGACACACGGACAGCUGUGAUUCGCUAAGGGAUGGAGGGUCAGUGGAUGGGCGGAGGAGCGUGACAGGGACCGAAACAGAGAGCGAAGGGGGAGGAGACGGAGGGGGAGGAGGAAUAGGAGGAGGGGGAGGGGGAGGAGGAGGCAGCAGCGACGGCGGCUCAGAUUGCCAAUCGGUCGCCUCGUCCAGCCGUGAGUCCACCCUGAGGAGGAAGAGCGGCUCCCACAUCGUCCACGUCCCUGAGCGAGGACCCACCCCCGACCUCCACAACAAUUACCGCCACAGUGAUGACGGUAACCGCCCCGACAAUGAAAGCAGCAAUCGUUUCCACGAAAACCUUCGAAGUUUUCAGGAAAACCCCAUCCACCCUAACCUGCCCAACCACCCCAACAGGCAGAUGCAGGGGAUGUUUGGCCGUCCCAGUCCAACCCCUCCCCCUACCUUACCCCGCCCCAUCCUGACUCACACUCCACCUCCUACUCUGGGGCUGGCCUAUAAAGAAUGACAGAGUUAAGUUCAUCCAUCGACACCUGUGAUAACAAUGUGUGCUACUUUCAACGGAGAUACUGCUUGGGCCAGUCAGAACUUCAGAAAUGAAAGGAAAUUUGGUUAAAUCUGUCUUAUAGGGGGUGGCCACAAAUCCUAUCCACAACCUCUCACCUGACCAAUCAGGGCACAAUGUAUGUGUCUCCCCCCAGCACCCCAGCUGGAUAAAUGUUGUCUUACUAGGAGACGUACUGUAGGCUCAUAAAACCUACUAGCAAUAGGUUCACCAUCUAGUUUGAGUCAAGCCAUAGAAAGUACUAACACAAUUAUCCCCACCCCCAAUCUCCAACUGGCCAAUAAGAAAGGACUAUAGUUAAGGCUUAACAUAUGAGGGGUGAGUUUGAUUCAACAUUAUGAGGGUUUUUUUUAUCUUGGACUGCUGUGUACACCAUUUUUUUUGUAAAUGCGAUAC